UGUUAUUUUAGAUACAAAACUCGAAAAAUUAAAUUUUUACGUAACUGAUAAUCAGGUUGAAGUUUUUCAAGCAAAUAAUAAUAAAAACAAAGUUAUUAUAUUUUGUAAACCGCUCAAGCUUGAAUUUUGGAAGGAUGGGAAGCAAUUUAUGAUAGCAAACGAAAGAAAUUUACUUAAAUUCGAAGCUGCAAAAAAUGAGACGGAGAGUUCCGUUGAGGAAACUUUUAACGGUUUUACUGAUUCCAAGCCGCGUGGAAACACUGCAGUUUCUUUGGAUUUUACUUUCAACACUUUUUAUUUGUACGGGAUUCCCGAACACGCCGAUGCUUUAUUGCUUAGAGACACCGAGGAGACGCCCUACCGACUCUACAAUUUAGACGUUUUUGAGUACGAAGUGCACAGCCCGGCGGCCCUGUACGGGCACGUGCCUUUCCUACUCGCUCAUAGCGUGGAUUUCACUACUGGACUUCUGUGGUUGAACUCGGCGGAAACUUGGGUGGAUCUCGAGAGCGGCACAGAAAAGGAAAAGCUGCCAAGAAAACACACGCAGUGGAUCAGCGAAAGCGGCCUCGUGGACUUCUUCGUGUUUUAUGGUCCAAAACCAAAAGACGUUUCCUAUCAGUACAGCCGCAUGACUGGUACCACUUGUCUUCCACCCCGCUGGGCGUUGGGGUACCACCAGUGCCGCUGGAAUUACAAUGACGUUGCCGAUGUCGUUUCGGUGCUAGAUAAUUUUGAUAAGCACAAUCUUCCCGUCGACGUACUCUGGCUGGAUAUCGAGCAUACGGACCAGAAAAAAUAUUUUACUUGGGAUCCAAAAAAGUUUGAGCAACCUGAUAUUAUUCUUCAAAAAUUGCACCAGACUCAUCGGAAACUGGUGACCAUAGUGGACCCUCAUAUCAAGAAAGACCCGGACUACCAAUUGCACCAGGCUCUCCUGGAAAAAGAUUUUUAUGUGAAGGAUAAAGAGGGGCGACCUUAUGAAGGUCAUUGCUGGCCCGGCAGUUCCAUGUGGCCAGAUUUUAUCAAUCCGGACAUGAGAAACUUUUGGGCGAACCAGUUUGUCUUUGAGAAGUAUCCCUACUCCACCAACGACCUCCACAUAUGGAACGACAUGAACGAGCCAUCUGUUUUCAACGGACCCGAGACGACCAUGCCGAAGGACAACCUCCACUUUGGCGGCUUUGAGCAUCGCGAUGUGCAUAAUAUAUACGGACUUCAAUUGCACCGUGCAACUGCAGAGGGGCUAAUGAGGCGCAGCGGCUACACGGAGCGUCCGUUUGUUCUUUCCCGCGCAUUCUUUGCUGGCUCUCAGCGCUACGGAGCCGUCUGGACUGGCGACAAUGCUGCCACGUGGGAGCAUCUAGCGGUGUCUGUUCCGAUGCUUCUGUCUCUAAACAUUGCUGGUCUGCCUUUCUGCGGAGCGGACGUUGGUGGGUUCUUUGGCGAUCCCAGUCCGGAAUUGAUGGUGCGGUGGUAUCAGCUUGGCGCCUUCUAUCCCUUUUUUCGAGCGCAUUCCCACGUGGACACGAAGAGAAGGGAGCCUUGGCUUUUCGAGGAGCCUUAUUUGGACAGGAUUAGAGCUGCUUUAAGACACCGCUAUAACAUCUUAGCAUAUAUGUACACGCUCUUCCAUGAAAGCCACUUGAACGGCACGGCUAUAAUGAGGCCUCUCUGGUAUGAGUUUGAAGACGAGAGUCUUUAUACCGUAGAAGACGCUUUUAUGCUUGGCUCCGCCCUUUAUGUGGCGCCCGUCCUUAGAGAGCACGUGACAGAAAUGUUUAUUACUUUUCCGGGGGAGGAGAACUGGUAUCACCUCAUUACCAAUGAAAAGAGGUCUCCAGGCACCUUCUUAGAGCAUGUGGAUUUAAGUUUUAUUCCGGUCUACCAGCGGGGAGGCACAGUUCUCACAAUCCAGAAGCGCUCUCGGAGAUCUUCGCAAAUCAUAAACAACUUUUACACCCUCCGCGUGGUGCUUGACUCGAAGGGGAGGAGUAUGGGGGUUCUAUAUACAGAUGAUGGCUCGACUUUCGACUUCAAGGCUAAAUCCGCUUAUUGCCUUGUGCGCUACAGUGCAUUUGAUCAGCGCUUAGAGUCCCGCUUAGGACACUUCUCGGCUUCAACUUUUGAUAACCGCAUUGAGGAGGUUAUUAUAAUCGGAGUCCAAAAAAAGGUUGCGAAAGUUCUUCUCCACUUUGAAGAGGACCAACUUUUGAGCCUUUCUUUUAAGCAAAACCUCCAGAGAGAAACGCUGAUUGUGAAGAAUCCCGCGGUGAGUGUGGCUUCGGAGUGGAUUUUAUCGUGGCAACUCUCUUGAUAGCUUCUUUUAGG